GUGGACCCCAUGUUUCCUGAUAUACCUUGCCUCUACUAUACCUGCUAUAUGGCUUCUACAACUGAACCAAUACGACCGUUUCAAGAAUCCCAGCAAGUGGACAACAACUGUCACUCCUCUACCUGUAACCGCCACAAGCUCUACACCUGUAACGAACGUGACAGUUAAUGGUACGGAUGUGCCAAUACAGAAUACAACAUUUGUCACAGACAUGUUGAAUUUUACCACGAUUAAUACAACCAUUACAACAACACCAGAACCUGAUGAGCCUGUUUUCGGCACAUUAAACAAUGAUGUAUGGGUUAUCAUAGUUGAGGAAUCGCUUGUAUACCUGCUUGUCUUCAGUCGAUGGCUGCUUCCACGUGGUGAAGUCUCGCGAGAUUUCCUAGCCGAUUUAUUGCUAGAGUUCCUGGCUAUUGCAUCUGACAUAAUGGAAUUGCUGGCAGUUUUCGACGAAGAAGAUGUUCGAAGUAAUUUGAAGCUUACCUACGUUAUAUUGGCUGUUUGGUCAGCGAGUUUCAUUCAGUUCAUUCCUAUAUUUAUGCAGAAAAAACGAUUUCGUAGGGCACGUUCCCCGAAUGUUGAGUUCCUAACAAGGCAUUGUGGGGACAAGUUCAUUGAGAUUGUGGUAACAUGUAUGAGUAUCUUCCUACAAGAUUUACCUUUCCUUGUAGUGAGGUUAUACAUCAUUAUAGAGGUUAACCUGAUUACAUACAGUCUGAUAUUCUUCUUGUUGAAGAACAUUGUAACUUUGAUGUUAUUGUUCUACAGGUUAGGUAUUCUCUGCUACCGACUUCCGCACUGCAAAGGAAAACCCGCAUAAAUACAACCAUAGUUAUACAAUGUUACCAUAUGUAAUUAUAUAUUACUAGUACCAUUAAUAGAAUAUAAUUAAGUAUUAUACUGAAAUUAUAUAGCUGUUCAAUAUAAACAUGUAACUGUUGAUCCAAAUACCGCCAUUUUAUAAAUGCGCAUGGGAAUAGGUCAUUCAUCUGGAUACGUUAUGCUGUAUUUGGUUUUUGUUUCCGGUUUGAUUUAAUUAAAGUAAAGUCGACAAAAAGUGACUCGACUACCCAUUGUUAUUGGUGAAGGAAGACCGCAGGUAUCCGUCUGUUACAGCGGUCCCUGGUGGGAUUUGAACAUACAGGAGCGGUGAUGGACAGAUGAUGAAAGUUAAGCCAUCAACGUAAGCUAACAGGACAAAGAGGUCUCUGAACGAUACAAUGCAUAUUUCGUAUGAAUCUGCAGAUUGUGUAAAACCUACAUAUAGCUGGACUGUUGAUACUUGUACUGGAAUAAAAAGUUUCUACAACAAACAAUAUUGAAGAAAGCUCCUGAUACACUGAUAAUGGACAAGUGCAUAAACAAAAAAAAUAUUUUAUUUCAUCUGUAUAGAGCAGAAUUGUUUUUUUUUUAUUUUGUAUGGUAUUACAUUGUUAUUCUAAAAUAUAUAUGUCUAUAUUUAUAAAUGAACUGAUGUUUCGUUGUUUGUCGUCUGAUGGUUUGAAUAAAAUCGUCAGAUUUCUAAUUCGUAUAUUGCAAUGUUUACAUUCCUCUUUCUUACGUACAUUAUAUUUACGCGCAUUUAAUUUCGAUACUUAUAUUUCACCAUCUGCACGUCUUUCAAAAUUCCCAUACAAAUUUGAAUAAAAAGUAUUCACGCUG